UCAGGGCGGAUGGGGCUGGAGCCCUGGGGACCCGAGGCUCUUUCUCACGCCUCUCGGGGCUGCUAGGCGGCUGGAAGCUGGAGUGCCAUAGCCGCCCCCUUGGCGCCCUCCCUGCGCUCUCGGUGGCCCGAGACUCGCGCCUUCCCGACAAAGAACGCGUGGAGACCCUGGCUGCCCGGUCCUCUUAGGGCUUUAUUUUAUUGCGGCGCAGCGGCCGCCAGAGGUGGCUUGGAGAAGGGGCUACCGGGGAGCCUGGGCCCCCGCGGGACGGGGUGACCUCGCUCCGCCAAAGGCACGUUGGAAGGAGUGUCCCGGAGGGUAUACGGUAGCUGGGGUCACUUCCUCGCCAGGCGCCCCUGGCCGCCUUUGCCCCCUGAAUCCCGCACCUUAGAGCUGCAGACAGUAAAUGUUCUCCAGGGCGAGUGGCGGGGGGUUGGGAGCGGCUUUCGAGGGGCUCCCGGGACCCCGCGGAGUAGAGGGUUUUGUCUGCGGAUGCAACCAAUUAAGCGUGCAGCCGGCGCUUGCAGAGCUGCGCGCAGCGCCCAGAGCUGAGGGUUUUGUUCGCAGCAAUUUCCAAGCCUUGGCGGGCAGGGUUGGAGCGGGACAUGUCUAUGGAGAACAUUUAAACUCCACUUGCUCGGGCUUUAAAGCUUCCCCUUCGUCCUUUAGCCUCAGAUCGCUUCCUUCGUGGCAAAUAGGCCGGUUAGAAAAUUAUUCCAGAGUCCCAAAGGUGCCUCAGAGCCAGGUGGGGACCCUGCACAACGUUUGCUUGCCCCGUGCGAUUUAGAGAAGCUGAGAGGGCUGUACCUUUUUGAAAUCAUCAAAGGGAACAAGCCAAUGUAGAGGCGCCUGAGCUUUCCCGCUCUGUCCAAGCGACACUUUAUCCCGCGUUAGGAUCCUGUUUUACACCUCCCAAGAAGUCUCUGCCCUCCCCCUCUCACUUCCCACUCGGCACUCGGCUUUGGCUUUCUCUAAAGUUCCUAAUGGCACCCCCGCCCCUGUCUACGAAAGAAAAUGCAAUGGGAUCUGGAGGCGCUUGGAGAUUUUACCUUUCGGGUUGAGGAGAAAUUCACAAAGAAAGAAGCUAGUGGCUCGGAUGUGUGUGUGCUCUGGAUGUGUCCCCUGGCGCUGGCGGCCCCGUAGACGCUGGUAGUGAAGCUGGCCCCAGAUUGGGUGAAUAGGAUGCAAAUCUUCAUUGAUGAGCACUUUUCCUGCGUUUUCGGUUCACGAGUCUCGUCUAAUCACCGAAUCUGAAUAGAUGAUUCACUGGAUAGUCAUUUAGGAUCUGGAAUAUUCAUCGUCACAUUCUCUUAACCACUGGAGUAUUUACAACUGGGCAUAAGAGCCUUUUGCAGUUUUGCUAAACCUAAUGAUUGCUUCUUUUUCUCCUUUCUAUUCCUCCUCACACCCCACCCCUAUUCCCUUUUAGUUUUCUCCAAUUCACCCCCAGAAGAGUUUUCUCAAAAAAAGUUUUGAAGAAAAUAUGUUUAUUUGUAUCAAAAGAUAUUUAAGUUUAGACAGGAGGCCAUGCCUGCCAUCUCCAAAAGGAAGCGGAGAAUUAUUGAAGCAAUUAUCCAGAUAAUUCAAGCAAAACCUCCCACCACAGCUUUACCCUGAUUAUUUGGAAUUUUUAGGGAGAAUGGAGUUAUUCUGAGCUGAAGAGCUUAGAUAAUCGCUCCAAAGUUUGACUUAGAAUGUGUCGAUUGUGUCAUAAUCAACCUAGAAUCCAGGUACAAGCCACCUUUACAGUGUGGAGGGUGACUGGAAUAGCUGCUGAGCCAACCUGUGAGCCCUCUCCUAAGAGACCCAGGGGAAGACCUAAAGGCAGCAAAAACAAGAGUCCCUCUAAAGCAGCUCAAAAGAAAGCAGAAGCCACUGGAGAAAAACGGCCAAGAGGCAGACCUAGGAAAUGGCCACAACAAGUCAUUCAGAAGAAGCCUGCUCAGGAGGAGACGGAAGAGACGUCCUCACAGGAGUCUGCCGAAGAGGACUAGGGGGCGCCGCCGUUGGAUUUCUACCUCAGCAGCAGUUGGAUCUUUUGAAGGGAGAAGACACUGCAGUGACCACUUACUCUCUAUUGCCAUGGUCUUUCCACUUUCCUCUGGGGCGGGGC